CCGGGCGCACACACUGUUUACAGACGACGUACGCGCACGCCACACGGUCGAUCGGAAACGUAUUUCGUACGAGUCGGAUUACGAGCUUUUAUUUUUUACUUUACACACAAAAUAUAUUAAAAUUUGAUUUUUUUUACCUUUCUCCGCCGUCACCAACCGUGCCAUCCGUUUCCAAAACAAUAGCCGCAGUCGACGGGUAUUUCGGUCUGUGUUUUGAGUUUUAUUUUUUUAUUUUUUUUUUUCUUUGUCAUCGUCGACGUUAUUUUUAUUAUUAAUACUAAUCGUCGAGUUCUCCUCGAAAAAUAAACGUUCGAAGAGUUUUCAAACAGACGGAUAAACGGUCGAUUUCCUGAGCGUCGACCGAGGUGUUUUCCAAAUCUCAACUCUUGUAUAUUUUUGAUCAACGGACCAUGUACCCUGUGCAAAAUUGUCACAACGAUCGACGAUAAAGGUUAUUGCGCUUUUGAUUCUAACAUUAAAGCUAGCAACACAAGCAAUAUUGGAUGACGAGAAUUCGCCAUAUGGCGCGCGGGUCAUAGUAAGAAAAUAAGAACGAUGCGCCGGGCGUUGACAUCCUCCAUUAAACCAACGAUGGCUGUCAAAUGGUGGCCCGUGCUGGUCGCGCUGGCGUGUUGCUCGAUCUGCCGCACCGUCAUAUGCACGGCCGUUCGCCUAGAUCUCCGGCCAGUGCCAUCCAACGACCCGGGUGUUGUAGAUCUCAUCGAGAUGCCCAACCCGGCACUGGAUCCCAGGCCUUCUGACCUAAAUGUCACGGCAUUGUUGGCCAAGUUGGCCGCCAAGUUUGACCCCAACUACAUGAGCGUAACUGCCCCCGAACACCUGGUACCCGUCGCCGACAUACCUUUCAGGAGAAAUCGGCGAGGCCGAUUGGUACCUACGGGCAAGAUGCCGACGGAGAUCCGGGAUCUGGACACCAAAUAUUUCUCGCUGUCAGACGGCCGACGGCUCCGGACCAGGAUAUCUGGUCAAUUGCGUCGGAAGAUUCAGCAAUACCUCUGGGGCCGAACAGCGUGUCCAAUGCACAGGCAGUGGAAGGAUCUGGGCCAGAGGUUCUGGCCUCGGUGGCUGCUCGAAGGCCACUGCCCCAAGGGUGAGACAUCGUGCUCGGUACCCGCAGGCAUGUACUGCCGAGCCACCGGAAACCAGUACAAAACACUAUUGAGGUGGCACUGCCGUGGCCCUAGUGGUCCUUCGGCCGUAUUACAACAGUACAACAGCUUGCCGGGCGGAAAGGCGACUGGGUCAAUGGUCAACCCGAUAAAGGUAUGUCAGUGGAUCAAGGUGGAAUACCCGGUGGUGACCGAAUGUGGUUGCGGUUGUGCGACCGACGUCUCUGAGUGAUGGAGCGGAGCGGUACUCGCCUGCAAGAGCGGAACGACACUAUAUUAUAUUAUUAUUAUUUUAUUAUUUUUAUUAUUAUUAUUAUUAUUAUUAUUAUUAUUUCAUUGUAUACGAGUGGUAUACCUCAUAUCAUUAUUAUUUUUCUCCAAGCCUUUAUUAUAAUUUUUUACGAGUCGGACGACUUGUCGCACACUACUAGUCUUAAUAUAAUAAUGUACGAAACACGGUUUUUUUUUAACGACCAAUUAGUUGUUAAGAAUUACAUGUAUUUAAAAUAAUUUACUACACAUUUAUGUACACCAUCGUCCAUAUAAUGUCAGUUCCGACGUUUCAUAUAAUAUAUUAUCAUUAUAUUUUAUUAUUCGAAAGAGGAAAUGGCAUAUAAAUUAUUAUUAUUAUUAUUAUUACUAUCGUCUUCCCGACACCGUGUGGCAUCGUGUAAAUAAUUUGGAUGGUCAUUAAUACUAUUAUUACAAUAUAAAUAAAUAUAAACAAGUAAUAUAGCACUAAACAAUAAAUUUAAUCAUGAUAUUCUAUAACUGCCUAGCGUAAUACACUUAUCGAUCGAUUGGUUGGCGCUAGGUCGUCAAGUUUCAAUUACAAAUCCGGGAUAAUCAUAUCGUGAUAGUUAUUAGUAAGCGCGCGUACAAUAUCGUAAGUAUAUGUGUGAUCGGAUAAGACCAUCGUCGUUAAAGGCUUUUUACUGACACUCUCAUCCACUACCCCACACGAUUCAGUGUCAUUAUAAGUUAUGACGGUUUCUACUGUAUAUCAUAUAUACAAUCCUAUUUACAGAAACGUAUUAAACGUCAAUCUAAAAUUAAUAUGUAUUACACUGAUACGUCCAUCGCGUCCUGACAGAUAUGAUUUUUCGACAAAUUUUUUUUAACAAAAUAUCACUCUCGUCAGCUGUCCGUUUACGUAUAGUAUAUAUAUUAUAUCUCCAUCAUUCUUUUUCUCCCACGUAUUAUUAUUAUUAUUAUCGACAUUCUUUGAGGUUUUUAUAUCAUAUCGUUUUACUUGUUUAUAUCAUCGCGCUUAGAUAUUGUCGGAAAAAUAAUACGAAAUCUGAGUAAGCUCAAAGAUUUUUUUUAAAUCCACCUACAAUAAACGUUAGCGCACAUUUGAUAAUUUUUUUACCAAAUCGAAUAUAACACAUUUUAUUAUAUUCUUUCGUUUUGCUUUGAAUUAUUUUAGUUUUAUAUUUAUACGUGUAUUUUGUAAAAGCUUCUUGAUCCUUUUUUUUUUGCACUUGUGUAAUUUCUUCUUUUUUUUUUUGUU